AUGCCUAAUUCACAUAAAUCAAACUUAUCCCUUGCUAUAAAGCAAGCGGAGAAAGAAAGUAAUUCCCUUUCUCCCAGACCUAAUCCUCCCAGUCGCCAGAAUUCAAAUACAAAUACUAUAACACCAAAUAAUGAAAGUUUGGUCCCUUCACAAUUAUUACCUACUUCUUUGAUGCAACAUAGUGCUUCGACAGUAUCAACUAGUGCUUCUCUGGCCAAACAAUUCAAGCCAGAACCAUUAUCAAUUCAAACAAAGCUUGAUGAUAAUGAUGAUGAUAAUCAAAGUGCAUAUAGUUUCAAAUCCAGUAAUGAAGUAUUACAAACCAUAUCAAAUGCCAAUAAGAAAGAAGCAGCUGAAAAGUUACAGGAAGGCACUGACAUUGCUGGACCUGAACAUCACAUUGAUGAAGAAGAUGAAGAUGAUGAUGACGAAGAUGAUGAAGAUGAAGUUAAUCCUGCUGAUGAAGAAGAUUUAAAGGAUUACGUUCCAGGAGGUUAUCACACUUGUUACAUUGGAGAAGAAUAUAAAAAUGGGAAAUAUACCCUUGUUAGAAAACUUGGUUGGGGACAUUUUUCAACUGUUUGGUUAGCUAAAGAUAAUGAUAAAAAUUCUCACGUGGCGAUGAAAAUCGUACGAAGUGCUAAACAUUAUACGGAAACUGCCAUCGAUGAAAUCAAAUUAUUAGAUAAGGUCACUACUUCUGAUUUAAAUCAUCCUGGUCAUGAACAUGUCAUUCAAUUAUUAGAUACAUUUACUCAUAAAGGUCCAAAUGGUGUUCAUGUCGUAAUGGUUUUUGAAGUCUUAGGAGAAAAUUUAUUAGGUUUAAUCAGAAGAUAUAAACAUCGUGGGAUUCCCAUUGUGUUUGUUAAACAAAUUGCUAAACAAUUACUUUCAGCUCUUGAUUUUUUACAUCGAAAAUGUGGUGUGAUUCAUACUGAUUUAAAACCGGAAAAUGUCUUGAUAGAAAUUGGUGAUGUUGAACAAAUUGUAAGAAUGGUUGAACAUGAAGAAAAUCAAAAGAAAUUAGAAAAGAAAUUACAACGACAACAAUCAAGAAAGCUUAAUAAUAGUAGUAAUAGCAACCUUAACAAUGCCAGUCAAAAUAGUUCAAACGGUGUUACUCCAAGUACUUCAAUUCAAAAUACACCUCUGAAUCCAAAAUUAAAUGACAUGAUAGUCCUGCAAUCACAAUCAGGUAAAUCGGUCAAUAGUAAUAGUUCUCCAUCAUUAGGUAGAAAUGGUCGUGGUUCAAGACGUCAAACUUUAAUCACCGGAUCUCAACCUUUACCUUCCCCAUUAAGAACAUUUAAUAAAUCAUUCACCAAUGUUUAUGGCUUAGCUAGUUCUACUGCCAAUACACCAGUUAAAUCAUUUAUUGCUGGUGAAUCCAUCUCUGAAUCACCUUACCCACAUAUAGAAGAAGAUGAGGAUGGAAGUAUAAGUGCCAACAUAAGUAGCAGUUCUCAUCAUCAUCAUCAUACUAACGCAGCUCCUAUACUACAAGAUACAAGUAUGACUAAUGAACAUACUUUAAAUAGUUCACUUUCAUCAAUGUCAAUAUCAAAUACUGCAUCCAAUGUUGAUCCAGUACAAAUCCCUAAUGAUGAUAUGAGAACCCUUCAUCAUCAUCAAGAUACUACAACAACCACCACCGAUAUCAUUAAUGAAGAUGAAUUGAUUUCCGUCAAGAUUGCCGAUUUAGGUAAUGCAUGUUGGGUGAAUCAUCAUUUCACUGAUGAAAUCCAAACUCGUCAAUAUAGAUCCCCCGAAGUCUUAUUAGGUUAUCAUUGGGGUGCAUCGAGUGAUCUUUGGAGUUUUGCAUGUCUUGUAUUUGAAUUAUUAACCGGUGAUUAUUUAUUCGAUCCUAGAGAUGGAAAAUCAUAUACGAAAGAUGAUGAUCAUAUUGCUCAAAUCAUUGAAUUAAUCGGACCUAUCCCAAGAGCGGUAUUAAAAGAAAGUUAUUAUACUAGAGAUUUCUUUAAUUCUAGAGGUGAACUUCAUAGAAUUUUAAAAUUAAAACCUUGGGGUCUUAAAGAUGUUUUAAUGGAAAAAUAUAAAUUUUCCAUGCCGGAUGCUUUGGAAAUUGCUGAUUUCUUAGUCCCCAUGUUAAACAUUCAACCUGAAUUAAGAGCAGAUGCUGGUGGGAUGGUGAAUCAUCCAUGGUUAAGUGAUGCAUUAGGUUUAGAAAAUGUUGUGCUUGAAAGACCUGUGGGUGGAUCCGGUGAAGAUAUUGUAGGUUGGUCUAAAGAAGUUAGUAAUCAACCUCCACCUCAAUCUCAACCACCGGCUCAAAAUAGAUAUUAUUAUAAUCCUAAUGAUAGUACAAAGCAUCAUCAUACUCAUAAUCAUGAUCAUGAAAAUAAAAACAACUAA